AUGCUUCGUAUAUCCUAUCGAUAUAUUCGACGAUUUAAACGUCAUUCAUUUAAUAUAUUUUGUUUAGCUCUAUUGUUGUAUUUAUCAUUCUCAAUACAAUACAAGAACUCCAUCUUAUUUCUACAACAUCAUCUUUUAUCAGUUAAAAUAUUAUUAUGGUCUUCUUCAUCUACUUUGCCACAGUUAUCUCAACGUACACUCAUAUUAGUUCGUACAUCACAUCAUUGUGAGUCACGCUUGAAAUACUUACUUUCAAGCUGGAUACCACCAACUCGAAUAGAACAAAAAGACAAAAAUUUGUAUCUUCUAACAGAUUAUUAUGUUCGUAAUUCAACAUCAUAUCAAAAAUUUGUAAAUGUGAUUGAAACAAAUUGUCCUGGAAGACAUAAUCAAUACGAUCUUUGCUGUAAGACAGCUAGUGAAUUUGAAUUAUACUAUAAUUUAACAUCAGUAAGGAAAUUAUCUAUUGAUUGGAUGUGUCGAUUUGAUGAUGAUCAUUACAUUAAUUUAGAUAAUUUAUAUUUGUAUUUAAAAACAUUAGAUGCUUCUAAUCUAUAUUAUAUUGGACGUACAACCUAUGAUUAUCAAAAAGAAUCUUAUUUCUAUAAUGUAACAUAUUUUUUUGCAACUUAUGGUGCUGGAGUUUGUUAUUCAAAACAGUUAUUAAACCAAUUGAAACCUUAUGUAAACAGAACUGCAUUUUCCAAUAAUUGUAUGAAACUUGGUGUCAAUGAUGAUGUUUAUAUGGGAUAUUUGAUACAAUUGAAAUUAAACGUCUCGUUAACACGAAUAAAUGAUUUAUUACAUUCACAUUAUGAAUGGCUUGAUGUCUCAUUUCGUCGGUUCACAUUCAAACAAUUAAUAAACUCAAUAACAUUGGGUUUUUCAUGGGACAGAUAUCCGUUGAAAUGGAUUAUCCUUAUACAUAAAUUAAUACAUCUGUCAAAAACCACUCAACAACAUGAUUCAUUAAUGAGUGUGUGGAAUUUUAUAAGAGAUUAUGAAAAAGUACAUCCAGAAAACUUAGUCAAUAAAUACGAUGACACUUGUACAUCAUAUUGGAAAAAACGAACACAGAAGUAA